AUGGCGGGUCGCGUGCGACAUGCGAUAGAUACCAAGGCGUUGGAACGCUAUAUCUCCAAGAAUGUGCCGGUAAUUCAGACGCCAUUGGAUGUGAAGCAGUUCGGCUUCGGCCAAUCGAAUCCGACAUACCAACUCACCGCGGCGGACGGGACGCGAUACGUCCUGCGCAAGAAGCCAGCGGGCAAGCUCGUCUCCCAAGCCGCCCACAAGGUCGAGCGCGAACACCGCAUCAUCUCCGCCCUCCAGGACUCCAACGUCCCCGUGCCCCGAACCUACUGCCUCUGCGAGGACGUGUCCGUCAUCGGCACGCCCUUCUACAUCAUGUCCUUCGUCGGCGGGCGGAUCUUCGAAGACGCCGCCAUGCCCUCGGCCGCGGACCCCCAGGAGCGCGCCGAUCUCUGGCGCGCCGCCGUCGAGGCCCUGGCUUCCUUGCACCGCGUGGACCCGGACAGCGUGGGGCUGGGUACCUUCGGCAAGCGCAGCGGGUUCUACGACCGGCAGCUGGCGACGUGGCGGCAGAUCUGCGACGCGCAGGCGCGGACGCGCGACGUCGACACAGGGGAGCCCGUCGGCGAGAUCCCGCACAUGGACGAGCUGAUGGCCUUCUUCGCCGACGCCUCCCUGCGCCCCCGCGACCGCGCCACCCUCGUCCACGGCGACUACAAGAUCGACAACGUCGUCUUCGACACCGCCACCCCCAACGUCGCCGGCAUCCUCGACUGGGAGAUGAGCACCAUCGGGCACCCCCUCAGCGACCUCGCCAACCUCCUCCACCCCUUCUACAGCGCCUCCAUGUCCUCAUCCUCCUCCCAAUCCUCCUCAUCCUCCUCAACCCCCCCAUCAACCAUCAACCUCCUCCAAGCCGAAGCCAUAGCCGUCGUCUCGCACCCCUCCUUCCUCCCCGGCGCCACCCCCGGCCUCCCCUCCCCCGCCACCAUCCUCUCCUGGUACUCCGCCGCCGCCGGCUGGGACCCGUCCCCCGAGGAGGUCGCCUGGGCCUCCGCCUUCAGCGUGUUUCGCCUCUCCGCCAUCUGCCAGGGCAUCGCGGCCCGCGUCGCGACGCGCCAGGCUAGCAGCGCGGACGCGAGGCGCCAUGCUGCGGCCAUGCGCCCCCUGGGCGAGUUUGCGUGGGAGCUUGUGGGGAGGGAAAUGGGGAGGAGGGGGGGGAGGAGUAAGGCGAAGUUGUGA